AUGGGAAUGGCAAAGUCUUCCUCCGCCGGACGGCUUUGUAAAAUUGUUUUCUUCUGCUUCGUGGCGCUAUUGGCAAUCAUUCUCGCCACAGCCUUGGCGUGGACUUUAUUGCGUGACGCGAAGCUCAGCCCUGAAUUCCCUGAGUUCCGGGUCGACUUGGUAGCCGUGUCGCCGUGCCCACUCACCGCCACAUCCAGCAGCGACUACUUAACCGCCACGUGGGACUUGACGCUGGUUGCUAUAAAUCCCAACCGGAAGCUGGACUUUUAUUACGAGAACCUUCAAGCCGAUAUCUUCUACGGCGACGUCGACGACAAGGAAAGCGACAGCAAUCUCAAGCUGGGAACGGCGCCGUUGCCUCCCAUCUAUGUAAGUAAGAUGAACCAGACUACUCUUGAUUUCUCGGUGGUAAUGGCGAGGUCGUACGUCGGAACCGACACGGCCAACGAUAUAAUCAUCUCCUCCUCCUCUUCCUCCACCUCCCCAAGUUGUUAUGGGUCGGGGAGCCUGUGGCUGAAGCUGUUGGGUUUUUUUAGGUAUAAUACUACGUUGUUUGGAUUGGAUGCUUCCCAACUGACGCGCUUCUCUUGCGAUCUUUUCCCACCGAAUGGGACGGCGGGGCAGUCAAGGGCAUGCCGAGAUAAAGCAUCCAUACGAGUGACCUCUAACAUUGCAGUUGAAGUAGUGAAGUACCCACUUCUUUACGUGCAUAAGUUUCUUCAAGUUUCUCUACUUGAAAAGUAG